AUGAUAGGGGAAACGGAUCAGAGAGGGCAGCAGCUGCGUGAGCUGGGCGCUCAGGCGCAGGGGCCCUUGGACGACCAACUGCCACGAGGCAAGGGCAGGAGGCGACGCGGAGGCCAGGGCAAGCAGCGGUCGGGCAAUCAGCAGGAUCAGCAGGCAGAGGGCGAGUUGGGGCGGCCGCUUACGAGCCAACGUCCGGGAGGCCAGCUGGUGCGACGGCGGCCACUGUCAGGGGAACAGGGAGUGACUGCAGCACCUGAGGGCGUGCAGCAGGCAGGGGGACAGCAGGGAGUGACUGCAGCACCCCAGGGCGUGCAGCAGGCAGGGGGACGACAGGGAGUGAGUGCAGCACCUGAGGGCGUGCAGCAGGCAGGGGGACAGCAGGGAGUGAUUGCAGCACCUCAAGGCGUGCAGCAGGCAGCGGGACAGCAGGGAGUGACUGCAGCACCCCAGGGCAUGCAGCAAACAGCGGGACAGCAGGGAGUGACUGCAGCACCUGAGGGCGUGCAGCAGGCAGGGGGACAGCAGGGACUGAUUGCAGCACCUCAAGGCGUGCAGCAGGCAGCGGGACAGCAGGGAGUGACUGCAGCACCCCAGGGCGUGCAGCAGGCAGCGGGACAGCAGGGGGUGACUGCAGCACCUCAGGGCGUGCAGCACGCAGGGGGGCAGCUGGGGGCGAGGGCAGCACUUCAGGGCGUGCGGCAGCGACAGCAGCAGCGGCAGCAGCGUUAG